CCAGUCUGCUCUCGACGCCCCACGUUAUCGCAGUAGCGCUUACUGACGUCAAGCGAGAAAAGACAGCAAAGGCGAGCCCCCGGGGUUGUGCUGCCUGCAAUCACUCAACUCAAUUGACAAUUAGCCUCGAAUGAGAUGCAUGAUUGAUUACUAGCCGCCGAGCGUGGAAGCUAGAGCGAGGCGUCGACGCCGAAUAAAGGUCACGAUGGCGCCCACCUCGCAGUUGAUGGUGCCCUUCUCGAAGGCAUCGAUCGACGUUUUCUUUCUUGGCCCGGGCAUUCGCUUUGCCACGACAUUCAUUCAGCCGCGCUCACUUUACAGUGUUUUGGACCAUUCGCUCCCUUGUUUACUCGUCCAUUUGCGUGUGACGCAACUCAUUCAUUUAUUUUCAUUCUGUAUUUUCGUUCUUUGCCCAGCAUGCUUGUCGAGGCCGCCGUUGUGGCCGCCCUGGCCUGGGGGGCGUCGGCACACACGGCCUCGUUUGUCAAGGGCAUGUACUGCGAAGGUGGCCCUGAUCCUACCGUCUACAACCAAAACUCCAACACACCUGUGUGGCCCAUCUACCAGCAGACCUUCAGCAACUUCUGGAUGCAGCAUGCUCGCGGGUGUGAUGCCGCGGCGCCACCGGGCAACGCCUCCCUCGCCCUCCCGGCCGGAGGAAAGUUCAUGGUCGAGCACGCCCACAACCAGGGCCAGACAACCUUGUCAUUCGGCGGGAAAUUCACCUCUCCGUGGCCAGAUGGUCAGCAGCACCCCGAGGACUGGUCUGGGCCGUCUCCCGGCGAGUGCAUCCAAAACGACGGCGCCAUGCACACCCAGGGCCAGCAGACUGCCGCCGGCACUGCAUUCGCCAUCUCGUACAACUCGGACAUCUCCAAGGUCAACCUCCAGAACCUGGUCGUGUUCAGCGUGUUGGCCAACACUCCUUGGAAACGCGAAGCUUGGUACGAUGUCCCCGCUGACCUCCCGCCUUGCCCGCCUGGUGGUUGCUACUGCGCGUUCCUGUGGGUGCCCCAGGGCUGUGGCGAACCCAACGUGUACAUGCAGAACCUCAGAUGCCAUGUCACUGGGAGCACGUCCACCAAGACCAUCGGACCUGCCAAGGCGCCCGUCUGGUGCGGCGACGACCUGACCAAGUGCGUCAAGGGGCCGAAGCAGAUGAUCAUCUGGAACCAGGCACAGGGCGUCGACAACGUCACACCGCCUGGAGGCAGAACGCCCACGUAUAGCGGGAAAUUUGGCUUCAACCCCGGCGCCCAGGUCGACAUCUUUGUGGGAUCAGAGUCUAACACGCCGGCCCGCCAAGUCGUCGCCCAACUCAGCGGCUACGUGGGUUGCUAUUCCGACGCCGGCUUCCAAUCCCAGGCCCUCAGCCCCCAGAUCCCCGAGAGCAUGGUGCCCGACUUUUGCGUGGCAAAGUGCAAGCAGGGCAACUACAAGUACGCCGGCCUCGAGAACGGCAACCAGUGCUGGUGCAGCAUGGCGGCGCCCACCACCAAGGUGGCCGACUCGCAGUGCUCGACGCUCUGCACCGGCUCCAUGGCCACGUGCGGAGGAUCGGGCUUCGUCGAGCUGUACUCGACCGGCGCGACGGGUUCUCCGCCUCCCCCGACGCCGCCGCCGACCGGCUACGCCAUGGCCGGAUGCUUCGCCGACAACUCCAACGCCCGCGUGCUCCCCGUCGACAAGUCGGGCAGCCUCUCCGGCCCCAACACGCCGGCCGCCUGCGUUGCCGCCUGCGCCGGCUACGCGUAUGCCGGCGUCGAGUGGACGACGCAGUGCUUCUGCGGCAACACCCUCCCGCCCCAGAAGAUGCCCGACACGGACUGCAGCAUGCCCUGCGCCGGCGACAUGACCGUCAUGUGCGGCAACGGCGGGCGCAUGAACGUCUACAGCAAGAUCGCCGGCGCGAGCAGCCCGUCGCCCCCCGCCAAUGUGGCCGCCCCGGCUGUCCCCGCGACGACUACCUCCUCCUCGUCGUCUUCGUCUGCCUCCAAGACCAGCUCUUCGACUUCAUCCUCGUCGUCGACAAGCAAAGCCGCCUCGUCGUCAACGUCGUCGACUGCCAAGGCUGCCGCAACCUCCCCCUCGGGCGGAGUGGCUUGCCCAGCCGGCGCCAGCCUGGGGAAGAGAGACAUGCAAAUCAUGAACGACGACAUGGAGGCCCUGCAGCCCGUGCCCACGAGCCUCACCAAGCUGUUCGUCUGCCAGUCGGCGAACUGGUACGCCCCCUGCAACGUGCUGCCCAUCUACCACUCGGCGUCAUGCGUGAGCCUGGGACCGGCGUUUCCGGACUUCUACCACAACAUCGCGUCGGCGGGCCCUGACACGGGCACAUGCGUGUUGUACAGCACCGACGAUUGCACUCCGUCGGGCGAGACCCUGACGCUCGCGAAGCCGGGCUACGCCGUGUUCCCGCACACGCUGAGGGCCGAGUGGGGCUCGGUCAAGUGCUCGCCAAACUGAGCGGUCGUGUUUGGGACGUUGGAAGGUGUUGUCAAGACGUGCUGGGGUGUGCAGGAGGUGGUUGUUUUGAAUUUUCUUCAGUAAUUAAAUUUGAUUAAUUAUAUCUACCUAGAGAUGGCAUCAGAUUAAAUCUAAUUCGAAUUAAUCGGCUGUUCUCUGAAAGUCAGCGGUGUUUGAGCCUUCAUUCACGUCAACCAGGAGGAACUGAGCUGUUUGUUUGUUUGUGAAUCCC